AUGACAGAUGCUCUGGGGCCACAUGAGAUUUCGCUAAGUGAUCUGAUGGAGGCCGUGCGAGCAGAAAUUGUUGCAGGUCCCAUGAGUGACAAGCCGAAAGGCGGACGGCCUACGGACUACCGCCCAGAGUAUUGCGAGCGCGUCAUCCAGCUUGGCCGCGAAGGUGCAAGCAAGGCGGAGAUGGCUUUCGCGCUGGGUGUCAGCAAGACGACGCUGAACUCAUGGGCUGCAAACAAUCCAGAGUUUCUGACCGCCGUAAAUGAAGCGGUGGAACUUGCGCAGGGGUGGUGGGAGCACAACGGCAAGAAAGCUGUCUUUGGCGAGGUGCCGGGCUUCAACGCUACUGCGUUCAUUUUCACGAUGAAGAACCGCUUCCCCGACGACUGGCGCGAGAAAACGCAGCAGGAAAUCAGCGGGCCAAACGGCGGCGCUAUUCCGAUUGCAGCAGUGGAGAGAAUUCCAACGGCUGAGGCUUUCCUGACAUUGCUGGAGCCUGCGCGAGAUAAGGGAGCGUUCGGCGGUCGCGGCUCAGGCAAGAGCCAUUUCUUCGCCGGGCUGAUGGUCGAGGAUUGCCUGGCCGCUCCCGGUGAGAUUGGCGAGGGCAUGCGCGCUCUCUGCAUCCGCGAGAUCCAGAAAGACCUGACGCAAUCGGCCAAGGCGCUGAUCGAAGGCAAGCUGGCCUCGCUUGGGCUUGGUGAGGCUGAUGGCUUCAAGUGCUUCCGUGAUGUGAUCGCCACGCCCGGCGAUGGCAUCAUCAUUUUUAAGGGCAUGAACGAUUACAGCGCCGACAGCGUGAAGUCGCUUGAGGGCUUCCGUCGCGCAUGGUGGGAAGAAGCUCACACGGCCACGGCUCGCUCUAUCAGCCUGCUACGCCCGACGAUGCGAGCGGCUGGCGCCCAAAUGUGGUGGUCAUGGAAUCCGCAGCGCAAGGUUGACCCGGUUGACGUGAUGCUGCGCGGGCCAGAGCGGCCAACAGGCGCUGUCGUUGUUCAGGCGAACUGGAAAGACAAUCCAUGGUUCACGCCUGAGCUGGAGCAAGAGCGGCAGGAC